AGAGAUGGAAGUGGUGUUUCGGUGCUUAGCACAAUUGCUUAAUUCAAAUUGAAAUCAAAGUGAAGAUCAACAAAACACCCACCAACUGCAUAGAAGACUUGUCUGCGGAGGACCAGAAGGUGUCGGAUAUGGUGAAAUCGCCGUGGAAGCGAGAGGAGAAUGGGUCUCAGUCGCCGUGCCGCAUUAAAAGCUCAAUGAGCAUGGAGGAAAGCAAGCCGCAAUCUCCGGGCGAGGAUCAUUUCGACACCACAGAACAGCAUGCGCAGCUAGAUGAAGGGCAAAUCAAGACUGAGCCAGAUGACGACCAAUCCGUGGAGUCCGAGAGGGAUCCUUUCGACGAGCUGGCCGAGCUCCUCGAGGAAGAAAACGUCCCAGUGUACCUUGUUCAAAUGCCAUUAGUGGCGCCGCCACCGCCAUCUAUCACCCUACCCGAUGACUGCUUUUUGUUUACUAGACGCACCAAAGUGGAAAUUGCCUCUGCCGUGCCCAGUUCUUCGUCCAGCGUCAACGAAUGCUUGGACUCACCACAUCAGCGCGCAGCUGGCUUGGCGCCCAUUGAAGUGCACUCUCAAAAGAAAAGUCGUUCAAGGCGUGGGCGUUCUCGGAGUGGCGGAUCUUCAAACAGACAAGAAAGCAAUCAAGGAAGAAGUCUGAUUAGAUCAUUAUCAUCAGUAGGGCACAGAAACAGGCAAAAACCUCCAGAGCACAGAGAGGAUAGAACCACUUCCAGUCGUAAAGGGGCUCGCAGCAACAGUUCCUCGAUGGAAACUAAAAAAUGCAAAAUGUCAAGGGGUAGGAGCCCAGGCAAGAUCAAAAAAAGGAAUAGCACUUCGAGAAUAUCAACCGAAACCGAUAGAGGUAGAACACGCAGCCCGAAUGGGACGAGUUCCAGCGAUCGUGAACAUUUUCGCAAGAAGAUGUCCUACCAACGGUUAUCGCGCCGUAAAUUCGCCGAGAAUGGGCAUGUGUUUGGCCGUAGACGUUCUAGAAGUGGUUCACCGAACAGAAGGCACUGGCGUCGAGACAGUUUUAGUCCGAUAAUAUCACCGCAAAGAAUCCGACGAGAGUUCCGACCCAGACAGAUUCGUCGCUAUUCCCCAAAACGACUGUCCGGACAGCGAUGUCUUUCUCGUGAGCCAACCAAAAGCCCCUCAAGAUGUAGAUCCCGUCAGAGCGGCCGUUCUUAUCAGCAUCCUCAAAGACGCUCGCGAAGUGGAACCCGACAGUACCGUCUUUCUCGUGAGCCACCUAUACGCCACUCGAGAAGUAGAUCCCGACAGCACCGUCUUUCUCGUGAGCCCCCAAUACGCCACUCGAGAAGUAGAUCUCAUUCUGCUGUGAACAAAACAAGGAUGAACGACAACGUUUCUCCUGUCUGCUCGGCCGGGUCAAUUGAGAUCUUUCAACCGAGUGAUUGUACACUUCCACCUCUGGGACCUGUUGAGCCAAUGGCUUACAACUCACCAAGACCGAUACUACCAAUAGUAACUAGUCGAUUCGAAAAUCCAGUAACACCAUCUCCAGUAACACCGUAUAGACAUUUGCCUCAGAUGCCAGCAGCCAGCAACCAUAUGUGGUAUACGCAAACGCAUUACACUCACUUUCAGUACAGCACCACGACUAUGCAGGACGGUCCGAACUGGCAAGCGCCUGUCUAUGGCUAUGGAGAUGCACCGCCUCCUGCGUUGGGUCCCCACGAUCUGCGCCAUCGCCUGGGCUCGACUCGCUCGUUGCCAUUGGGCCCAUGCGAUCUGCGCCACCGGAUCCAAGGCCGACCAGAGUGUUUUUUUCCCACGGAAAACACAGCAUCUCCAUACAAUGUAGCCCCAGGCCAGACGGUCUAUCAAUACUAUCCAAAUGGAUACUAUUAG